AUGGACGAGCUCAAGGCGCCGCUCAUCGAGGAGGUCCAAGACACGGCCACGUGUGAUGCCCCGGACCUGGAGGAGCACCUCCAGCUGUGCUGGUACCACGGCACCGAGAGGCUCUUGUGUCAGGAUAAUCAAACUGAGUUGAUCACGAGGCCACAAACCCGGACGGCGUCUUUACCGCUGGAAAUUACUGAUGAAUUUUGCGAAGUUGAGCUGACUUGCAGAAUCCAGUUGAAGAAAAAUGAAAACGUUCUGAAUGAGUCUGUUGCUUCCGUGCUGGAAGAAACGUUCUCCCGUGCUCAAUCGUCUAUAUUUGCUGCUUGUCGUCAAAAGCCUUUUAAAGUACCACGAGCUUUAGCUGGAGCUAUCGAUGAAGUCUUAUCCAAACCAAUCGUCGAAUCUUUGAACAUCAUCACCGAAGAUGUCUUGGACGCUCAGGCUGCGGAGCUCGAUGAAAGUUCUUCGUUGAUCAGUACUUGUUGCGAAGAGACUCAAGUUCUUGAAGAAGAGACCCAAGUUCUUAUUAAAUCUUCAGAUGAUGAUGCUGCAGUAACUCCAUUGGAAACCACUUCGAAAGUGAGCAGUAGUGAAGUAAUGCUUUGGCUCACACUAUUUGGGCUUGCAUUACUAGCGUCUGCGAUCGUUGGUUUGAUAAUUACCUUAACAUUCUUUGGGUGCAGAUUUCUCUUUAAUGUUUCGCAACAUAACAACACACGUUCCGUAAAAAAUAAAAAUCGAAACGAUAGUGCUUGUGAUCAUAUUCUCAGCUUCCAAGAACCAUUGUCAAAGUCAUCAGUUGCGGAGGUACGUGGGCAUCUCCUCCCGUACCCCAGUCGUCCACCCCCGAGCUUACCACGCGAAUAUGAAGACAUACUAACACCUGAAAAGAGGGCGUCACUCGCUGGACACCAUUACGAUUAUCCGAGUUUGUCUGCAGUUACACUCAUGCCGACUUCGCAAUACCCACGUGCGUGUAACUUUGAUGGUUAUUUGAUACCCAAAUCAGCCUGCGGAUAAAUGGUAUAAAGAAUGAAAAACUUACACACCGGAUAGAGCAUCCAUAAUUGAUUUUUCAGGCUUGCAGUCACACAAACAACAAACAAAUCGUAUAUAAGGCACGGCCUGCAAGGCAGUUGGCAAAACGAAGAUAAAAAUCUUUAAACACAUUUCUUUCUAGGUACAAGUUUAUUUUGUACAUUUAUAUUCCUCGAUAUGAAAAUAAGAGCUUUGAUUUGUUUAUCCUCUGAAUUUAAUUUAGCUGAUAAUUAGUGCCGGCUUUCUGUCGUUAAAACACAGUGAUUUAAAGUUGUAACAUAU